UUGUUUUGAACGUCGAGAUCCUCGUGUUACCUGCGGAAGGGACAUCAAAGUGAAUGUUUUAUUUGGAUACCAUAUUCUUCUGUUUGUCCUGAUAUUUCCCUAGGUAAAAAUGAAGGAGACACCUCUGAGCUCAUGCGAGCGUAAUUCAGUAAUCUCAGCUAUCCAGAAAGGUCUAAGGCAUGACAACAGAGAAUUUCUGGAAGUUCGUGACAUAAAUAUCAGUUUUGGCAAAGAUUUUGGAUCCUGCACAGUAACACUAGGACUAACACGAGUUUUAGCACAGGUAACAUGUGAAGUAGUUGAACCCAGACCAUCAAGACCAAGUGAAGGCAAAAUUUCGAUUUCUGUCCAUUUGUCACCCAUGGCAGCACCGCACUUUGAACCAGGAAGAGGGAAUGAUCUGGUUGAAGAGCUACAGCAAAUCUUAGAUCGUAAUAUCAAGGAGUCACGUUGCCUUGAUCUUGAGUCACUGUGCAUCUUGGCAGAGGAGAGUGUUUGGCAGCUGAGGGUUGAUGUCACUGUCCUCAACCAUGCAGGAAAUCUUGGAGAUGCUUGCAACCUUGCUAGUGUUGCAGCCCUUCGCCACUUCCACAGACCUGAUGUUACUGUAGAAGAGGAUGGUCGAGUAACCAUCCACACCCUAGAGGAGCGGGAACCUAUACCAACCUUCAUGAAGAAAGUUCCCGUCUGCCUGACUUAUGCCUUCUUUAUGGUGGAUGAGAAAUGCCAUAUGCUAAUGGACCCUUCAGAUUUGGAAGAGAGAGUAAUGUCCGGCAAACUAAUUGUAGGCCUCAACCCACAUGGCGAGAUCACAUCCAUGAUGUUCCCUGGUAGAGUUGCACUUCAAAAACGCGAAAUCAUGAACUGCAUUCAAAAUGCUUUCUUAAAAGCCAAGGCAUCAGCAGAGAUGGUUGCUAGGGUGGUAGACGAUGAUGUGAUGAAAAGAAAAUCUCUUGUGAAGCCAGCUGGAUAUACAAAUUGCCUUGUAUCAGAUUCUACAUAUAGAAGAAAGAAAAUCGAUGAGUUAAUUGAAAAUGAGAUAAGAGGGGAGUUUGUAGUCCCUGAGGAACCUAUGGAAGAAGGGGGACCCAAAAUAGAAGACCGCAUGUAUGACUCUGAAGAAGAGGAAGAGGAAGAGGAGUCCACUGAGUCAAGUAUUCCAAAGAAACCUGUUCAAGCAGCUGUAAAUAAGACAAAGAAGGAAACAGCUUCAAUGAGCGAUAGUGAAGAGGAAGAGACUGGGCAAACCUUAACUGCAAAAGAUUUACAGUAGAAAUUCUUGUUAUGGAAGCAGUAGCCCCAACAUCCACUUUAUGAUUUUUGUCUACAAGAUUUAAGAAAAUAUUUUCAUAUCAUGAGAGUACCUGUGUCCUAUCAUACAUUUUCUAAUGAAAAAAUAUAUGGUAUUGUGCAAAAAUAAUGGUAGACCAGUUAUUAGACUUAAAGAAUGAAUAUAUAACAGUACUGUAUGAAUAUGAAUAUAAAUAAAUCAGUGAGAUGAAAGUGAAGUUUGUAUUUACAUGAAUUAUCUAGGCCAUUCAUGGUCAGUUUUGUUUAUCUUCCAAAAAAGGCUUUACUUUUGUCUGUUACUCAGUUGCAAGCUGUUCAUACUAUGUAACUUUACAGUAAUAUCUAUGGUAUUGGUUGUAAUUUAUAUAAUGAAUGCAUACAUGUAUACACAUAUGAGCACAAGUACAAUAUAUGUAAACACAUCAACAUUACCAAAGGAACUGGACUCAUGUAAAAUUUGGCUUGUUUCAUAUAAUGCUGAACAAAAUUCACUUAACAGAUUAAAUAUACUGUAGAGGUUAAGAAA